UCUUUUUGAAGUAAAAGAUGGUGACGAUUUGUUAGAUUGUGGAGAGGGCUACACUGAAAUAGACAUUAUCGUAAAGACAUGCUCUUAUAUCGUGAAAGGAUUGAGGAAAGGCCUCGGAAUAAAUUGCAAAUGGGGAGAUUCCUUCUGUCCUAUGAGCCGAUCUACAAGUUAUGAAAAGGGACGGAAAUGUGACGUCCGAUUCUUAAGUUCUUCGAGGACAGAUCUCGGUGAAUGGGAAUUUUCAGCACAUUGUACUAAUGCAAAAGCGAUUGGGAUCGCUGUCGUUCUGCCAGGAAGAUUUAAUAAACGACUUUUACCUGGGAUAACAUUUGAGAUACCUACCAAAUUGGCUCACAUUAGAAAGUUAAAAACAACGGUGAAAAUGUUUAAAUACGUAAUG